AUGUUUUGGAUAAUUUUUUUAUUUUUAAACGUUGUUGCAACUGAUAAUUCACAAGAAAAAUUUAAACAAUGUAAUAAUCAACAAUGUAUUUUAAUACAAUGUUAUUUUCCCGUUCCCGAAUUUUUAAACGCAACACGAAAUGAAAUAAAAUUAUUUGAAAAUUUUCUUGAUCAACAUCAUAUAUUUAUCAGCUAUUAUUUAUGUAAUGAUCUAUCAAUAGAUAAUAUAGAUGAAGUAGGUGCAUGUAUUUAUGGUGUACUUUUUAAACUCUAUCAAUUUGAUGCUAAUUUAACAAUUCAUCAACGUAUACAAGUUCAAUCAGCACAAAUACAAGAAGAAUCAGUAGCUGUUGUUAUGGAUAUGAUAUCAACUAUUCUCUAUCGAAUUCAAUCGAUAAAUGAUACGAAUAAAUUAAAGAAUAUAAUGUCAAAAUCAAACGAUGAAGAUAUUGUUGUUAUUAAUGCUCAAUCUCUUACAGCUCAAGUACAUUUUACCGUUAGUCGAACAAUUUUGAACUAUGGGCAAUGGUUUACUUUUAUUUAUUCUAUUGAUAAAAAUAAUAAAGAAACAAUUGAUUGUUUAUAUCAAAUUUAUCCAUUCGAUAGUAAUGUUAUUUCAUCACAAUGUGUCAUAGAAAAUAACAUUCGAAUGAUAUUAGAACAGCGCAUAAGAGCUAGAAAAGAUCGAUUGAAUAUUAUUAACUCAUUUUCUGAUCUAACUCAUGUCAAUGUAUUUCAACGAACUUUAUCAACAUUAUUUUAUAUACAUACAAAUUCGACUUUUACUUUAAUAUCAAAUAAAAAUAUGACUAUCAUUCCCGUAAUAGAUAUAGACAAUCAUGUAUUUUUACAUGGUCCAUAUCCAUUCUAUUUGUUUUGGUCAGCAAAGAAAAAUAUAUUUCAACGUCUUGGUGAUCAACCUUCGAAUGAACUUCUUGAUAUUCUCAUACAAGAAGAACAAAAGCAACAUUUAGAAAAUAUAUAUGGAAUGUUCGAUGAUGAAGUACGAUAUAUAGCUGAUGCUUACGAUGAAAUUGAAAUAGAUCCAAAUGUUUUAUUUCUUAAAAAUCAAGAAGAUUAUUAUCAUAAUCAAGAAAAACAUUUAAAAAAUGCUAUUCUUUUUACUGUUAAAUGGGAUUCAACAUCAAAAUUAGCUCGAAAAACAUUUCAUCAAUUAGCAUUAUAUCUUCAUAAUUAUUUAUCUAUGAUAGAUAUUGAUUGUUUCGAUUGGACUGAUAUAUGUAAUGAAGAAAAUAUUUUUGAAUGGCCAACAUUAAUUCUGACUGAAAAUAAAACAAUAAUGAAAAUCUAUCAAGGUAGUACAGAUAAAAAUGAAAUGGCUUUAGCUUUAUUUCGAUUUUCGGUUAAUCAACCAUAUCUAAUUGACGAUGAUUCUAGUGAAACAUUAAUCGAAAAUAUCCUUACACAUCAACGAUUGAUUAUUCUUGCUCAAAUUCAACAUCAAGAAAAAUUUUUAUAUGAUACUUAUAAAAAUCUAGUCGAUAUGUUUUUGGAUAAUGAACAUAUCUUUUUUAUGUUCAAAUAUUCAACAGAAAGUUCUUCUCUAAUUAUUAAACAAAAGUAUGGUGAUAUUAAUUCAUUUUUACAACCGAAAACGAUUGUUCAUGCAUUAAAUGAAGAUCUUAAUCAUCUUCAAAUAUUAAUUAGUGAUGCUCUUCGAAUUCCAAUGAUUCCAUUUGAUCCUAUGGAUAUAAUUAAAUCAACACGAACAACAUUUCUAGUAGCCAGUCAUUCACAACUUAUUCAAUUGAAUGAUUAUUUUUUAUUAAAUAAUCCAUCAAUAGAGAAUCCUUUCGUUUGGAUUGAUACUAAUUCAUUAUGGGUUCUUACUAUAAAUCAAUAUGGUCAUAUUCCUUAUCCAGCUGUGAUAUAUAUUAAUGAUUCGAAUAAAAAUAUAGUGAGUGGAAAGGUUUAUAUGAAUUCCACUUUGAAUGAUAUUGACACAUGGCUUAAAACAGUUCAAAUGGGAUCAAUAGAACCUUUUUAUGAAUUUUCAUCGAUUGAUAUAGAUGAAGGACCAUCACAAAAAGAAAUUGACUUUAAUAAGCAAACGUAUGAUGAACAAUUACUAAAUGAAUAUCGUAUAAUUCAUGAAGAAAGUGAAAAAAUUAAUGAAUAUGGAAUAGGAUUUGAUAUGAAUGGUUUUCCUGUUGACAUGAAUAAUUAG